AUGGGAUACUCCCCGACGCACGAAGGUGACUGGAUGAAACUGACCAUCCUCGGCGUGUUUGCUCUGCUGCACACCGCCACCGCCCGACUGAUGGAGGUGGCGCUCUCACGCGUUCACAUGACGGUCAAGAUGGGGGACGACAAGGUCCUCUACAAGCCCAAGGAAGGGGUGAUGUCGGCAUCCUACCCAGUCUUCGAGUUCGACCGGCAAGAGUGGGACAAGACGGUGGGCGACGCCACGGAUGGCACGGUCAUCGAGUAUGAGGAAGUGGCCCACUCCACGUCCACAUCGAAAGUUGACGACAGCAUGCCGCAUCCGGAGGGUGGCUUCAAGCACCCAUAUACCAAGUGCCGCAUCACGAAGGUGACCAAGCCUGCCGUGAAGAAGAAGGGCUGA